CCCAGCUGCACUCGGGUCAGGUCAGAAACUGUUUUGCUCGAUAAUUCGUGACAAGAUAAAUUAUUAUGAUGCCAGUACAGACACGCCACCCGAAGUCAGGAAAGCAGAUUGACUCGAAAAUCAAAAAUGUAAAUACGACCGAAACCACCGAUUUUGAUUCAGCGAGUAGCCCAGUGUCUGGAACUAGCCCCAGUUCAAGUGACGAAAGCAAGUCAGAGAUAGAAAUUAAGAAAGAAAAGAAAAAAAAGUCUAGUAAACGAUCAGUUCUUCCAGCAGGAAUAUUUCACAUUGAGCUGUGGGUGACUUUAACAGUUGUAUUUAUAGUGCUGGACAUUGGUAAACAUGUUGUCAGGAUAUACUUUCCUUCAGAUUGGCUGCCAUUUGGCAAGAUUCAUACUGCGGAUUUUAUGCAGAUAUCCUACUGCAUAACUGUACCAUUCUGUCUUUUAAAGCUUUGGGAGAAGUCACCUAGGAGAAGUACAUCUACGAUUAUAUAUAUUAUUGUGAUACUAAACACAGUUGGUUCCAGUAUCAGUAUGAUUAGUGACUGUGUCACUGAAAGGCUGGUUUCUAUUGGCUAUGACACAAAUUUACCACUCGGCCAAAAUGCAGCGAUGAAGAAAAUUGAACCCCAAAAAAUUUUGACAGUGCUUAGGUUAUUGAGUAGUUUUGAAAAAGACAUUGGACAGCCAUUAUGGCAGUUGACAUUAUUCCUUAUCUUCUUCUUCUACUUCAUGGGAUGCUUUAUUAAGCGAAAACAUCGCAUUCCGGAAGGAAUCCAGCAGCUAAGCAGGCAGAGUUGGUUUGUUCUACCAUUUUUCUCAUUAUAUAUGUGGUAUCUGAUAGCAGAAUACCAAAUGCUGACAUCAUUCCUAGUUUUAACCUUCUUCAUGUUGUUCUAUCAGCUUUUUGAGCAAUCUCAACACAGAAUAACUGACAUCAAUGGUCAGUUUCUAUUACAAAGUAUGGGCAUAGCAAUGGUCUUUUUAUUGUCCUGGAAAUGGCUGUUAUGGGGAGACAGUGCACUGCAUGAAAAAUACCCCGGAUUUACUGGAAUUCCGCAACCACUGACUUGGUGGAAUAACAUGUACAGCAAGAAUUUAGUGCCGAGUAUGGAUGGUAUUGAUGAGUUAGUGGAAAAAAUAUCAAGUCCGAUUUUGACCGUGACUGUUCCGGGCGCUCCUCAAUGA